CCACAAAUCACAAUAACCUAAAAGAAACAAAGAAUCCAAGAAGUGGUCCAUGGUUAUUGGUUAUGAGUUAGCGGAAAUCAGAAUCUCAAAAACUCAUCUACUGGUAUUUGGAUUAGUCAUUUCGUGAUAUGAAAUGAGAAUUUCAUUCUCAUUUGAUGUCAAAUCAUUUCUUCCGCACCCUUAUAUACCGGUUCUCAUACUUCUCAUUCUUAUUUACGAUUCUCAUUCUCACAUCCCAACGUCGCCUAAUAUUCUUAUAUUUCUCAUUAUAUAACAAACCUCAUGUAACUGUUGCUACUUGCUACUCCUUACCAGUUACCACACACAAAAAUGCAGAGAUUUUCUUUGCUUCUGCUCUCUUUUUUCUGUUCUGCCUCUCUAGCUCUUUCAUGGAACUACCAAAAAUUCCAAGACCCUGAAAAUUAUGAAGGCUCUUCUGAUCUUGUCAACCUGCAAUAUCACAUGGGUCCGGUUCUCGCUUACCCCAUAAAUCUGUACAUUAUAUGGUAUGGAAACUGGAACCGGAACCAUCAAGCUACAAUCAAAGAUUUCAUUUAUUCAAUUUCUUCUCCCGCGCCUCCUCCUUCUGUCGCGGAUUGGUGGCAGACUGUUCGCCUCUACGCUGAUCAGACAAAUUCCAACAUCACAGGAACUGUCAGGCUCUCAGGUGAAUUUCAUGACAUGCAUUACUCGCAUGGGGCGAAUUUGAGACGCUUAACAAUGCAGUCUAUUAUCAAACAUGCUGCAUUGCCUCUAAAUUAUCAGAAUGGUGUGUAUUUAGUACUAACAUCUGGUGAUGUUCAAGUUGAGGAUUUUUGCAGAGAAGUCUGCGGUUUUCACUAUUUUACAUUUCCAAUUAUUGUUGGUGCCACAGUGCCUUAUGCAUGGGUUGGCUACAGUGGCACUCAGUGCCCUGGCUUGUGUGCUUACCCCUUUGCAUGGCCUAAGUAUUCAGGCAAUCCGCCACGAAAUGGUGGCAACAGCAUCAUGAGGGCGCCUAAUGGUGACGCGGGUGUGGAUGGGAUGAUUAGUGUGAUUGCACAUGAGCUGGCUGAGGUGUCAAGUAAUCCGCUAGUGAAUGCAUGGUAUGCAGGGGAGGAGCCAAGCGCGCCUACUGAGAUAGCGGAUUUGUGUGUGGGAGUGUUUGGAUCAGGCGCGGGGGGAGGGUUCGUGGGGGAAGUGUACAAGGACUCAUGGGGAGAUGGGUAUAAUGUGAAUGGAGUGAAGGGGAGGAAGUUCCUUGUUCAGUGGGUUUGGGAUCCUGUAAAGAGAAGAUGUUUUGGACCUAAUGCUAUGGAUUAGGUGCGGAUACAGGAAUGCACAAUCUAGAAUAAUAGGAGAACUGAUCAAUCAGGUGAUUUUCGGGUUUUGUCUCAGUAAAUCGGGUUGCGGGUUGGGGGUUGGAUCGGGUUCGGAUCGGGUUUCGGGUCGUGUCCGGUAUUGCCGCCCGUGUAUGAUGAUCAUGAUUCAUGCAUAAACCACAAGAUACCUUCAGAAUACUUAAAAUUUGCAGCUGAUCACUAGAUAAAUGAAAACAGAUUUUCAGUUUUCGAGCUGCAACAUACAGUUCUCAAUUAGGAACAGCCUAAGAACAUCCUACUCUACAUUUCUCGUACUAAGCAAUUAAGCAAGUAUAUUGCUUCUCAUAAAUCUUUGAAGAUUUUACCAGAAGUCCACAACAGAAGAAAAACACUCAGUGAAAUGUUGACUUUGGAUUAGAGAUAGAAAAACAGAGAAGCCACAGUGAAGGAGAAAAGAAUUGUAUUAGCUCUUGCCUGUUUGGCCCACUCACAAAAAUUACUGUUGUUACUUAAAUUUACCCCUACAAUUUAUAGAAAAACAAAUACUCCCUCUGUUUUUUUUUAUAUGA